GCAUCACACUAUUGGACAGUGCGGCUCUUAGAAAGGACGUGGAUAUGCAAAAACAAUACAAGACUGAAUUUCAGGUUAUUGCAUCUGACACCAUUGCGGCUAAGGCCUCUGCACUCCAGGCUGGUGAAUCGCUGAAGGCCAGUUUCCUGUGUGGUUUAGUUGAAAUGAAUGGAUCUGCUGUAUAUUUAAGUGACACCAGGAAAUCCAGACAUCAGGCCCGAGUUACUCUCCAAUACAAAAUGACAACGAGGUCUGAGCAUCUGACAAUGAACCAUUUAGGACAGCAGGUCUCUUAUCCUGCUGUAUUUGACCAAGGCAAAGCAACCCACGUGGUCACGGCUGUGCUGUACGGGGCUCAGGCUUUCUUUGUGUUUGAUCGGGAAGUUUCUUCACCUGAGAGCGUAGAAGAGAUACAGGGAAAGAUGAAACUUACGAUAGAAAAAAUACCAAAGAUUUCAGAAGAAGAUGGAGAGUCCAAAAUGGAUGAUAAGGAAAUAGAAAAUACUGAAAAAAUCACUUGUACGUUCUAUGGUGACUUUGGUCUUGAGAACAAUCCAGUUACUUAUCAAGAUGCCAUAAAAGUUUAUUCCACCCUCCCAAAGCUGCUGGGUGACAGGGGGGAGAAGGCCGUACCAGUGACAGUCUGGCUGUAUCCACUCAUCAAGCAAGAUUCCAGAAGCACUCAGCUGAUACGUGAGAUCAGCGUUGGGCUGAUUUCCAAUGUUGAAGCUGUCAUGGAGCACCUCACAGAGUUAGACAUGCGGUGCAAUGACAUGAUGAAGGACAGAACUGCCACAACUUUCCCUGAAAUCAAGAGGAAAGUCCAGCAAUUCCAAGCUCUGUGUAAUCAGUACAGACAGGCUUUCCAGCAACAACUAUCAGAACUCGUACCCUCUAUCCGUGGAGGAGGAGCAGAGGAAGGGGCCCUGGGGGACAUUUUAAGCAGCAAAGAACAAUCACCGUUCAAUACUCAGCAACUCAAUGAAUAUCUGGAUAAAAAGAUGCAAGAGAUGAAUCUUGUGAAAUCAUACCUCACUUUUCUAAAUGACAUGGAUAUUAUCUCUUCCAGCACUGAACUAAACCAGGUAUUAUUUAACCCUAUGCAUAGGUAUGUUGUCUCCUUUACAUUUACUUCAUUACAUGAAGAGGAGCCAUAUUUAUCAGUUUUAAAUGACUGGCUUCAGACCCAAAAUAUAGAGACAACUCAUGAUCCAGCAUCAGUCAGUUCUGCAUGUGGAAACUCAAAAUCCAGUCAGUGGUUUGAGGAUAAGAAGAAACACCAAAGAGCACAAAAGUCAGUAAAUUUCUUCUCAGACUUUGUCUGUGUUAAUAAAUCUAAUGAGAAGACUCGGUUCUGUGUGGCCUCAGUUGCAGAUAAGGACAAUCCAGGCACUGCCAUUUACCUGUAUGAAGAUGGAGAACUGGUCAGCACCAACUUUGAGCCUCCAUCAAAGCCUCUUCCUCCCCUGAUUGGUGGAAUCAGACAUGACCGUGUGCAGCUCACGUUUAACCCAGCAGCCUAUGGCAGGGCUGCGAUAUCCGGCUAUCGGGCAGAGUACAGAAUUGUAGGGCAGGAGAACUGGACGGCUGUGAAUGUAAAUAACACACAAGUGACAUUCACAGUAACAGGGCUACGUGCAAACACCGAGUACCAGUUCCAAUAUGCUGCAGUGAGCAAACCAGGGCUCAGCGAGAGCAGCGACGUGAGUGAUCCUGUGAAGACUCUUCCUACCAGCUCUCCUGGGAAGCCUGUAACAGCUUCUAUAGAAUCAUCUACUAUCGCCCUCACCUGGCAGAGUCCAUGUGUCAUUGGAGAUGGAGUCAGUAUAAGGGAGUAUAAGGUGGAAUAUAAAGAGAAGACAGGAGAUACGAGUCAGGAGGGGAAAGGCAAAUGGCUGGAACGAAGGACAGGAGAGAGAACAGAGUCAUGUAACAUUGAUGGACUGAGGCCUGAGACGCCCUACAGAUUCCGAGUGUCGGCUGUGUGUGCGGAUGGGGCUGUGAGUGACCCAAGUGAGGAGAGAUGUAUCUCAAAGCUAAAGAAAGAUAAACAUUUAAGUAAAUCUGAGUAUUAUUCCCUCAACUACAGCCCUCUAGUGCCUGGAGCUACUGGAUCAG